AAGAAAAUGUAAACGGCACUUAGUUAAAUGGAAAAAAAUAGUACGACACACACCAAUAGCAAAGAAAAAAAUCGCAAAUGAUUAAAAUUUGCAGUAAAAACUCGAUAAAUACGAUAAAAAAAUUAACUUAAAUAUUAAAAUAAAUAACAACGAAAUAGAAAAUUAAAAAAUUUAUAUAAAACUAAAGAAAACGACUGAGAAAUAAACGAAAAAUAAACAAGAAAAAUAAAGUUGCUGACCAAAAAAAAUAAAGAAAAAAUUUGAAAAAAAAAGAAACAACAAGAAGAAACUUCAUAUGUAACCAGCAGCAGAAACGUUAGAACGAUACAUCACAAUAAAAAAAAACAAUUUAUAGCAAAAGAGUGCAAAAAAAAAAUCAGCAAAAUUAUAAUAAUUUAUAAAAUACGCAUGGCUUAUAAAAGUGUCAACAACAUUGAAAAGCAACAACAACAACAAAAUAACGAACAGCCGCAGCAGCAGCAGCAAUACGAACGAAUUAUAAUAAAACAACAGCAGCUCUUCAACAACAACAAUAAUAACAAUAACAUCAACUACUACAACAACAACAAUUAUAAUCAAGUGUUAAAAUAACAAGAGAACAAAAAAGAAUAACAGAGAAACUCUUAAAGAGUUAGACAAGAGCUUGUUUUUUUCACAUAUUUUUUUUUGUUCUUCUUUAUUUGUUGGCCAAAAAUCAGCACCAGAAAUACAAGAAGCAGCAUUAGUUAAGAAAAUAAAGCAACAAAUACUACACCAGCAAAGCAAACUUUAAAGAAAUCAAGUAAAUAAAUACAAAAAAUUCCAUGCUAAAAGAAAUCUAAACAGACCUAAGGACAGAUAGACAGACAGUAGCACGAAUUGUUAUAGCUUGAAGUAGAGAGAAGAAGCUAAAAAAAACAACAACAAAUUUAAACAUUAAUUAGCAGUUGUUUUGGUUGUUGUUGCUGUCAAAACGUCGUCAUAAAUAUUUUUAUUUUUUUUUAUCAAUUGCCAACAUUUAAUGCCUGCUCGUCACUACAACGUCACACAAAUGAUCGCAAUUAGCGAAGAACAACAACAAGACAAUAAUAAUGCCACCAGCAACCACCCUAAUACAGCAGUUGCCACCAACAACACCAACACUUCAGCAGCCUACACAGUCGUCACCAACAACAGCCACAGCCACAGCAGCAGUAAUACUAACACAUCAUCUGCCUCUCCCUCAGCAAUAAAUGGCCAUAAAUUAGCCAACAACAGCAGCAAUUCAAAAUUAAAACCCUACAAUGGUUAUAAAAAAUCACAAAAUAAUAUCCCUAAUUCAACUAACUCCACUAGCAACAACUCUGCCUCCUUAUGCUCCUCCUCCGUCGCCGCCAACAACUACACAACCACAGCUAAUAAUGUCAGCUGCAAGUCGUCCACCAAUGAUACUAAGCGACCACCUUUAAAUGGUAAUACAAACGGUAUGGCAGCCCAUAACAGCACCAACACUACCACCAGCUGCACUAUGCUGGUGAGCUCCUCUUCUAUAACUCACACCACCGCCACAAUCAAUUCACAACAAUGUAGCGAUUCGCAAAAUUCACAAUCCCAACAGAGUGAUAAUAUACCGCCGGGCGGUAGUCUUUGGACGGCUUUGUAUGACUAUGAGGCCCAGGGUGAGGAUGAGUUAACGUUGCUGAGAGGUCAGGUGGUGUUGGUUUUAUCCAUGGAUCCCAAUGUAUCGGGAGAUGAGGGUUGGUGGAUUGGCAAAAUAGGAGACAGGUGCGGCAUCUUUCCCAGUAAUUUCGUUACCAAUCAGGAUCCCAUGAUGAUAAAUGUGCCUUCAGCUAUUGGUGAUAUACAGCCGCAUGAAGUCGAAUUCGAAGAACUUGAUAUACAAGAAGUCAUAGGAGUAGGUGGUUUCUGCAAAGUCCAUCGAGGCUACUAUCGCAAUGAAGAGGUAGCCAUUAAGGCAGCAAGACAAACAGCCGAUGAGGAUAUGGAUACCAUGCGUGAUAGUGUGUUGCAGGAGGCUAAAUUAUUUUGGGCUUUGAAACAUGAAAAUAUAGUUUCAUUAAGAGGUGUGUGUCUUAAGCCGCCCAAAUUGUGUUUGGUCAUGGAAUAUUCACGCGGUGGCAGUUUAAAUCGUGUGCUGGCUGGCAGAAAAAUACCACCAGAUGUUUUGGUGAAUUGGGCCAUACAGAUAGCAAAAGGCAUGAAUUAUUUGCACAAUGAAGCACCUAUAUCAGUGAUACAUAGGGAUUUGAAGAGUUCUAAUGUUCUAAUAUUUGAACCUAUAGAGGGCGAUAAUUUGCAUAAGAAAACCUUAAAAAUAACUGAUUUUGGUUUGGCCCGCGAGCUGUACAAUACCACACGUAUGUCGGCAGCUGGUACUUAUGCCUGGAUGCCGCCCGAAGUUAUAAGUCGUGGCACCUACUCCAAAUCCUCAGAUGUUUGGAGUUAUGGUGUCUUAUUAUGGGAACUAAUAACGGGUGAGACACCCUAUAAAGGUUUUGAUUCCUUAUCGGUGGCCUAUGGAGUGGCCGUCAAUACCCUAACAUUGCCAAUACCAAAAACAUGUCCAGAGGCCUGGGGAAAACUCAUGAAAAAUUGUUGGGCGAGUGACCCUCAUAAUCGUCCGGGUUUCAAAGAUAUUUUACUCAAUCUAGAGGAUAUAGCACGUUCCGGUUUUACUUCCACACCCCAGGAAUCGUUUCAUACCAUGCAGGAUGGCUGGAAGAAAGAAAUUGCUGAAGUUUUACAUGAAUUGCGCUUAAAAGAAAAGGAACUGCGCAACAAAGAGGAACAGCUGCGUCUCAUACAAAUGCAACAGCAUGAGCAGGCCAACAAUUUGAAAAUCUUUGAACAACAAUUGCGCGCCCGUGAGCUGGAACUAAUGGGCCGUGAAUUGAUAAUGGCUCAGACAAUACCGAAACCAAAUAAACGACGUAAUAAAUUUAAAUUUAAACCUAAAAAGGAUCCAGUGCAAAUAUCGUUGCCCACGGAAUUUCGUCACACCAUAACGACAAUACGAGAUCAGACGUGUGUGGUGCCGACGCCACCCGGUUCGCCGGCCAUAUCGGGUCUAAGGAUAGUGGCACUGAGUCCUGAUGGUUUCAAGGGUAAAACCUGGGGUCCCUCAACGGUACACCAACGAGAACGUUGCCAUCUUAAUACUGCCAUCCAUUCGACCGAAUGGCAUGCUGCAAAUGUAACGAGCAACUCUUCGUUUAGCAAGAGUGCUCCCAAUCUUGAUAAGAAGGCUGCCGCCAUACGACAACAACAGCAAAAUACUUGCAACACUUCACCAUCGUCACCCAAUAACGGCUAUAAUCCAACACAUCAUUCUCUGCAUCAGCUUAAUAAUACUACUACGACUAGUACGGUGGCUACUACGCCCACAACACAAGGCUAUAAUACCAAAGAUGAUUGGUGCUCUCCCAUACACACAAUGCCGGGCGGUGGUCCUAAUCUUCCCAUUAUGUCUCCAAAUCCUUAUUUAUUAAGUCGUUUUACUUCCAACAUUCCCAUGCCCACUUUAUAUGCCGGCGAUGCUGUGCGCAAACCCAAAUUAUCCGUUAUCGAGGUUUUGCUAUACAAUAUGGCGGCUCUUUUGGCUGGGGUGGCGGCUGGUUAUGAUGUACGCAUGUCAAAUGUUUCGCCCUUUCAUCCCACAUUGUUGAGUGAUGUACCCGCCUUGAAAGCUCCCAUGGAUAUGGAACUGCCCCAGGUUGGAGAAGAUCGUCGUUUUGCGGCGAAUACCUAUCAUGGCACUGGCAAUAGAAAUAGAACCGCAUUAAGCUCUCUCACCUACGAAGCAUCCGAUGCCCCUGAUUCGCCCAGACGCAAUACCGAUUCCCCUUUGGCUCACAACAAGAAACUAACCAAACAAUCCUCUCAAAAUGUUGUAGAUAGCGCAGCAGCAUUUACCAAAUACCAACACCAUCAUCAGCAGCAGUCUCACAUACCCCAGCCGCAAUACACGAAAUCAUUGACACAACCACCCACGCCCCAACACUAUCAUCAUCCCCAGCAGCUGCAACAGCAAAUACGCAAAAUGCCUUCUACCAUAUCGACUACCACCACCAGUGGUUUGGGAUCAAAUUUCACCAAUAACACAUCGGGUAUAUUGUCUUCCUCGUUGGGUAGUCACACCCAACCGCCAACACCUUCGCCCAGGCGUAAAAUAAGCACUUCAUCGUUUACGGAAAAUUUGGAAUACUCCGAGCAGGAAGAUAAUCUGCCCAUAGAUCAGGCAUUUAGAGGAUUUCAUUUGGGUGGCCAGGUGGGUAUGUGCGCUGGCGGCCAGCCGCCCAUGUAUGCAACCCAGGAUUAUAUGAGAAAUGGUCCAAGUUUCUCCAAUGAUGGCGGGGCUUAUGGAGCAGGUGCUCAUAGAGCCGGUUAUUUGGGCUCCAACUAUUUUCCAUAUCGCCCUGAACAUCAAAUGACCUAUGAAAGAGAUUGCAAAUCUUAUCCAGACUAUUCCUACGAUUACAAUCAUCGUCUGCCCAAUUACUAUGAUUAUAAUUAUGAUCCUCAGCCGCCACCGCCUCCUGCACCCCAGCAACAUCAUGCCUCACCGCCAGUGGUGAGAACACCACCUCCCCGAGUACCCCAAAUGGGAGUGACAGCAGCUGGCCAUAGACGUACUCCUUCAACUAUAUCCAAUAAUUCCAAUUAUAAUCAAGGCUUCAGCUUAGACUAUGAUGAAGCUCUCAAUCAGCAGUACGAAUACAAUAGCAUGGCUUUGCCGCUUACUAGCGACUAUGGUGGAGGAGGUGGAGGAGUAGGAACUUAUAGGGAAUCGGGCUCUUUAAUACCUACAGGAGCUGUACCGCCACCCACUAAACAAGAAUUGUAUAAAAGCUCACCCAAACCUGCGAAUCGCUUUAUGACGAAUACACGCAAUGAGAUUUCUUCGCUCAAUCGUAUGCGUGACUAUGAGAAUCUUCCAUUUAAUGUUAGUCCUUUGCACAAACCUUUGUAUCAGUAUAGAAGGGGUGAGGGCACGCCUUUGCAUAAUACGCCACAACGAGCUGUUUACACACGUUCGAGAUCUACACCCAUGUCACCCAUUAACAUGAAAACAUCACCCCCUUCACCAGCGCCUGCACAUGCUCACCACAAACCCUCCUCCAUACCACGUUUAAUGCCCGAGCGACCCGACAGUUUGCCUUUUGAUCCAAAUGCCUUGGCAUUUAGUGUCGGAGUGGGUACAAAAUUGCGUUCCUCUUUGAAAAAGUACAAUAAUUAUAAAACGCCCAAUGGUGCUCCUCUAAAUGGUACAGCAGCAACAGCUACAGGUUCUGCCAUACCAUUACCCACAAAUAAUACCACAACUACGGGUACCGCCAGUAGUACACCCACAAAUCCCACACCACCCGAUUCGUAUACCAGUGAUGACAGCUCUUAUUUAAGUGCCAAAGAGGGUUCCCUUUCAUCGCACAGUCGUGUGCGCUUUAGUCCCGAGGCCUAUUUAGAUGCCAGCAGUCCUGGCGGCCUUACAAAUCCCCACAGCACAUCCUCGACCCACAAGUCUCUGGCCCUGUACAGCAGACGUUUGUCGCGACGCAAUACCGCGGAUAUUACCGGUUCCUCAACAUCACCCUCAUCCUAGCAGGGUUUUGCCAAUCUGCGGGUACAAUUGGCCCGUAGUCCGGGUGCUCGUUCCAGUACAUUGUCAUUAAAUACACAAAACUUUAUACCAACCGGUCUGACUUCACCUCUACUACCGCCACAACAGCAGCACCUGCACCAACAGC